AUGUGUCGCCAAUACUUCAUGGUCUAUGAAUGGUGCCGGUGCGAACAAGACGCCGGCCAACAGCUCUGCUCGGAGCGCAACGAGAACGACUACUGCUCGAACAUGGCCAUCGACGUGGUCCACAUGCACUGCUUCUGCCACGGCCAUGCCACCCGCGGCUUCAAGUCGGAGAAGAAGACGCGGAAGUUGGAGCGCAAGAUGGAGCGGAAGCGCCUGUCGACGCUCAGCCUAGACGAGAAGAGUCUCCUCGCCCCGCCGAAGAAGAAAUGGUAUCGCUUCUCGCUCCGGUCGCGGACCUGGUAG